AUGAAUUCCUACCUCUGCACGGGAAGCCUGAGCGAGACGAUAGCCCACGAGCAGCGGGCCGCAGCCGAGCCAGGACGCCCGGACAGCCGAGGCCCCGCCGGGGAACCGGACUGGGUUGCGGCCUUUGUGCAGAAGAAAGAAGAACGGGACAUGGUGGACAGGCUAAAGGAAGAGCACAUCAGGAGGAAAAAGCGAGAAGAUCGCCUUGAGAAAAUUCGGCAUAACGUGCAGUUAAAAUACGCAGCAAAGAGAAAGCGAUCUGAGGAGGAUGAGACAAAGCGCCUUCUUCAGCUCAGCAAGGAGGUUCUUUCAGAGGGAGCUGGAGUGGAUGCUCUAGAGAAGCUGGAUCACAAUGAGGAGGAGCUGAUUCUCGCAGAAUAUGAGAGUGACGAAGAAAAGAAAGUGGUAUCUGGGCUGGAAGAAGAUGAUGAGGAUUUGGAAGAAGAGCAUGUGACUAAGAUUUACUACUGCAGCCGCACUCACUCCCAGCUGUCUCAGUUUGUGCAUGAGGUGCAAAAAAGUCCAUUUGGCAAAGACACGCGUCUGGUCUCGCUGGGAUCCAGGCAGAACCUGUGUGUGAAUGAGGAGGUGCGACGCUUGGGGGCUCUCCAGCUCAUCAAUGACCGCUGCAUGGAGAUGCAAAAGAACAAACAGGAAAAGAAGAGUGAUGAAGAGAUGGAAGGGAAGAAGAGACGUGUGAGUCGCACUGUAUGCCCAUUUUAUUCCUAUGAGCAAAUGCAGUUUCUCCGUGAUGAAGUUCUAGUGGAAGUGAAGGAUAUUGAGCAGCUGCUGGUGGUGCUGCCCUAUCAGAUGCUCUUGCAUGAGCCUACCAGGAACGCUGCUGGGAUCAAGCUGAAGGACCAGAUCGUAAUCAUUGACGAGGCCCACAACCUCAUAGACACCAUCACCUGUAUCCAUAGUGCGGAGGUCAGUGGCUCUCAGCUGUGCUGUGCCCACUCCCAGCUGUUGCAGUACAUGGAGCGAUACAGGAAACGGUUGAAGGCAAAGAACUUGAUGUACAUUAAGCAGAUCCUGUAUUUGCUGGAGCGGUUUGUGGCAAUGCUGGGAGGUAAUGUGAACCAAAACCCAAACUGUCAGGCAGUUUCCCAAACAGGGACAGUGCUAAAAUCCAUCAAUGACUUUCUGUUUCAGAGCCAGAUUGACAAUAUCAACCUCUUCAAGGUUCAGCGUUACUGCGAGAAGAGCCUCAUCAGUAGGAAGCUUUUUGGGUUUGUGGAGCGAUAUGGAGGCCCUGCCACAGCUCUGAAGACCAACAAGGAGAACCAGAAGUUGGCUGGUUUGCAGAACUUUCUUCUGACCCUCCAGCAGGGAUCAGAUAAAGAGGGUACUCUCCAGAGCCCUCCUGUGGAGGCUGAGAACAACCAGCUCCGAAUUGCCUCUCCACUGAUGCAGAUUGAAGGAUUUCUCUCAGCCCUCACGAAUGCAAACCAAGAUGGCAGAGUCAUUCUCAACAGGCAAGGCACAGUUGGCCAGAGCAGCCUCAAAUUCCUCUUGCUGAAUCCAGCUGUCCACUGUGCCAAGGUGUGGUAGGAAGGCCGUGCUGUAAUCAUUGCUGGGGGCACCAUGCAGCCGGUAGCUGAUUUCCGAGAGCAGCUGCUGUCCUGUGCUGGUGUGGAUCCCGCACGUGUCGUGGAGUUCUCCUGUGGACAUGUGAUUCCUCCAGAAAACAUUUUGCCCAUAAUCCUCUGCAGUGGUCCUGCCAACCAGCAGCUGGAGUUCACCUACCAGACGAGAGACCUGCCCCAGAUGAUGGAUGAGACGGGUCGAAUCCUUUGCAACCUGUGCAACGUGGUCCCAGGGGGUGUGGUGUGCUUCUUCCCUUCCUACGAAUAUGAGAAGCAAGUGUACGCACACUGGGAGAAGACGGGACUGCUCACCCGCCUGGCAACAAAGAAGAAGAUCUUUCAGGAGCCUAAGAAAGCCAACCAGGUGGAGCAGGUGCUGGUGGAAUACGCCAAGUGCAUAAAGCGCUGCAGCCAGGCAGGAGGACAGAUGACGGGGGCCCUGCUGCUUUCUGUAGUUGGAGGCAAAAUGAGCGAAGGGAUCAACUUCUCUGACGACCUGGGAAGGUGUGUGAUUAUGGUGGGAAUGCCUUACCCCAACAUUAAAUCUCCAGAGCUCCAGGAAAAAAUGACUUGGCUUGACAAAACAAUGCCCAGAGCUGCUGGCCAGGCACCUAGCAGAGAGCUGAUUGAAAACCUGUGCAUGAAGGCAGUAAACCAGUCAAUAGGCAGAGCUAUUCGCCAUCAGAAGGACUUUGCAAGCAUCCUGCUCCUGGACCACAGGUACGCACGCCCUGCCAUCUUUAACAAACUGCCGCAGUGGAUCAGGGAGAGAACCCAGGUCAAACCUGCCUUUGGAUCAGCGUUCGCAGAGUUAAGAAAGUUCCACCGUGGGAAGUCGGACACUCCGUGAUGCGGAUCAGAGAACAGGCUCUCGGUCAAGUCUCUGAGCUGCACAGUCAAAGAACAGCCGAAGCAACACAAGUUCCUGCUUUUCCAUACCAAGGCAUUUGCGAAUCUCUGCCUUCUGCCUCCUUUUGUGGAUGUUCAGUCUCUGAGUGCUAUGAUGGUGAGACAGCCUUCAGCACCAUAACCAGGUGGGAAACUGGUUGUAGGUCUGAGGCAGGUAAAGGGAGUAGCUGCAAGCUCCUAUUUGUUUACACUUGUAAAGGUUUUAUUUAAAUUUAUUAAAUAUUUUCAACCCAAACACUUAAGUAGGGGGAGGGUAAUGAUU